GUUCCUAGUGAGUUAGUAGAAGUGGCCAACUCGACACAGUAAGCACAUUCUGCUUAUCCAUACUGACGCUACCACAGCCCCGGGACUCCUAGGUUGAUUCUCCUCCCCCAUUCGGAGGGCAUGGCAUCUGGGGGAGGUGUGGAGGACGCUCCUGCAGAGGACUGGGGCCUCCCCCUGGACAUUGACAAUGUCCACAUGCUACUGCAAGUGGAACAGGAACAGAUUCAGAAGAGAACGUUCACCAACUGGAUCAAUGCUCAACUCUCCAAGAGGAGCCCCCCCUCUGCCGUGUCCGACCUGUUCUCUGACCUGAGGGACGGCGCUCGCCUCCUGGACCUGCUGGAGGUGAUGAGCGGCCAGCCCAUGAAGAGAGAGCGGGGCCAUGGAGUCUUCCAGCAGAGGGGUGACAUCGAGUCGGCCCUGAACUUCCUCAAAAGGAAAUCGGUCAAACUGGUGAACAUAAACAUCCCUGACAUCAUCGACGGACGGCCCUCCAUCGUCCUCGGCCUCAUAUGGACCAUCAUCCUUCACUGUCACAUUGAGGAGCUUGCAAGCACCCUGUCCUUCAGUUCUCGCCACUCUUCCCUUGACUCAUUGGCCAGCCUGGACUCGCGCUCCAACAGCCCCGCCCUCGGCAGCCCCACCCCCAGCAGCCCCACUCCUCGGGGGCGGGUAUCGCCCCUCCAUGCCCGCUUCCGUGUCUCGGCCAAGAAGGCCCUGUUGAUGUGGGUCAGGGACCAGUGUCAACGGGCUAACUGCCCCCUCAGCGUGAAGGACUUCAAGUCCAGCUGGCGUAGCGGCGUGGCCUUCCUGGCCAUCCUGUGCUCCAUACGCCCCGAGCUGGUGGACCUGGAGCUGGUGGACCUGGCCCGGGCCCAGACCAGAAGCAACCUGCAGAACCUGGAGGAGGCCUUCCGCCUGGCUGAGCAGCAGCUCCGCAUCCCCCGCCUGCUGGAGCCUGAGGAUGUGGAUGUGGAAAACCCCGACGACAAGUCCAUCAUGACCUACGUGGCCCAGUUCCUCCAAUACUCCAACGACUGCCCCGUGCCCGAUGACGAUCUGCAGCUGUUCACCGUGGCCCUGCCCAGCUGUCUCUCUCCCGUCAACCUGCCCUCUCACUUCACCCCGGCCAUAGCUGUCUCUCCUCUCUACCAGGCCUCACCCAAUCAAAGGGCCCGAGAAGUGACCAGCUGGCUCCAGCGAGCCUAUCAGGAGCUGCUUGAGUUGUGGGCAGCCACCGAGAAGGAGAGCUACGCAGACAGGCAUCAGGCGUUCCAAGGCUUCGUCUCCUCCUUCAGCGAGCAGAGGCGUCCCGUGGUGCCCCUGCUCGGGGCCAUGAGACGGUGCCCUGAGCCCAGCCAGGAGCAGCGGGCCCUGAGGGCCGCCUGGGACCGCCUGGAGGACAAGCUGCGUCAGUGGAAGGCAGAGCUGGACACGUAUUUGCCAGCCCCACUGGACUCCGUGGGGGUGUGGCUUCAGCGGGUGGAGGCGGUGCUAAUGGAGGAGGGAGGGGCAGCUCAUGACCACGCCCACGCAGCCAGAGAAGCCAGAGCCAAACAGGAAAAGCUCAAGACGUCGAUACAGGAGAUGAGUCACCACCUCAACACCCUUCACAUGUUCCGCAACGCUGACUCAGCGAGGCACGGCGUCCUGGUGCCCGUGGAGAAGCUGGAGGAGAUCAAACGACGUUUCACCAAUGCACGAGUUACGGCAAAGUACCAUGGGAUCAAACUGGAGUACCAGGAACGCCGGCACACCGUUCUAGAUCUGCUGGAACAGAUCAACGCCAAGCUGCGCUCCUGGAAAGGUUCCUACACUUCCCAUGAGGCCUUGCAGCAGCUCCUGCAAGACUGGCACGAAACGGUGGAUCGCCAAGGGCUGGUCUCCCAUCUGACGGACGCCCUCCUCGAGAUGCAGCAAACCGCCACGGCCUACACCAGCAAGGCAGCCCUAGGUGAGGACUCUCAGCUGGUCGGCCGCCAGGUGAAGGAAGCCGAGAGUGAGACGGCCUCCACAGCGGAGGCCGUGGCGGCUGUCAGGGGCUCUAUGGAACGUGCGCUGGCGGCCUGGGAGGCCUACAGCAGACGGCUUCCUUCCCUGCAGGCGUGGCUGGCACAGGAGGCUCAGUCCCAUCCAGAACCAGCUGGUACAGAGGGAAGGACCCAACGUAUGUCGGAGUGGAGCGGCCGGCAGGCUCACCUGAACGAGGUGGGCAACUUCCUCAUCGAGGUGACGGACUCGACCACCAGCCGUGCUGUCUCAGAGCAGCUCAGCCGGAUCAACAUGCAGUGGGCCGACUACGUUAAGAGGACUAUGUUUGAGGCGUGCAGCCAGCCCAGCGUGGGCCCCCGGAGUGCCCAGGUGGUUCAGGCCCUGGCCCAGGAGGCAGGCUGGCUCCUCAGGGAACCCCUGGAGGUGGCAUCUGGCCCCCUGAAGGCCUACAGGAAGAGACUGCAGCCAUUGAGUAAGAAGAUCAUGGAGGUGGAUCUGUCGUCCCUCGGCCCGUCAGCAGAGUGUCCUGAGGGGGCCGUGGAGGAGCUCCGACACACCCUCCCUGAGCUGUGGCAGACGUUGGCCAAAGCGGAGCGGACGUGCGCAGAGCUGCAGCGAGCCACGUCCAUGCUGGAGGGCCGUGUGGCCGAGCUGGUGCACUGGGGCACGGAGGCCAGCGAGGGCUACCUGCACCUCAGGGAGAGGGAGCGCAGGGGACACCCCUCCCUGGAGCCCAGGGCCAAGGUGCUGAUAUCCCGAGGCCUGCAGCUGCAGGGCCAGGUGGUGACCGAGGCCCAGGACCUGCAGAGCAAGGUGACCUGGGCCCAGAGGAGCUCCCCCCUGCAGUAUCUCAGCGGGGUCACCAUGCAGGACAGGGUCACGGAGGCCGUCGCUCAUUCCCAGGAAAUCGUGGAUAUGCUCAGCUCUCUGACUUCGAGGCCGCCUUUGGAAUCCGUCACCGACCAACCGCCGGCCAAAGUGGUCGUUCGGUCACCCACACAGACAGAGUCUCAAAAUGGAGUUUCUGGUGUGGGUGCAGUCAGAAGUGGACAACACAGUCAGAGUGGACCAGCAUCCCAAGCGUUUCCUCCAACUCAACCUCCCUCCUCGCAAUCUCCACCUGGGACGAUGACAGGGCCACGGCGACCUCCACCCGACGACACCUUCGACAGAGGCACGGCAACUCUUAACACCUCAGUCAAGACCCCAGUUGAACCUCAAGCGCAGUGCCGUCCGGGACAAACUCAAGCCGAGCCCACAGCUCAGCACCUAUCCCAUCUUCCAUCACUAACCAAAUCCCAUGGCCAACCUCUGCCCCUAAGUCAAAGCCAGCAGCAGACACUCUCCCAAAACAAACAUCUCCCCCAAACUACAACUGGACCUAACACGCAGGUCCAAACAUCAAGCCCUACUCUACCUAAAAUCAGGUUAAAUCCAUUUAUGAGGACAUCCGAGAGCUUCUCCACCUCACUAGCCCAACCCCAAGCUGAAACACCACCCGAACAAACUCCUAAAGUCAGAGUUAGAAGCAGCCAAGCAGCUCCACACCCACCUGUCAUGAUCAGCAGUGAGGUUCACUCGAAAGCCCAAGCCAUGGCAAAGAGUCGGCUGGAGAAGGCCAAGUUUGUCCUGCAAGAGCACAUCCAGCAAGCCAUUAUUCUCUUCAGUGACAGAGAGAUUUCUGAAUGGCAAGCCAAAAGAAAACAGAGGGCCUUGGGGACUUUGCGGCCCGCCGUCGUGGAGGAGUUUCUGGGGGCGGUGGAGGGCCUGGGGGCCUUCUACUGCGGGCUCCAGCUCCGGGACCUGGAGCUGCUGUCGCGCUCAGUUAGGAGCCAGUGGGAGGAUGUCCGUUCGCAAAUGGCCGCCUUUUUACCCCUCUUGUGGUGUGAGAUCCGAGGAGGACCGCCGCUUAACCCUGUCAUUAUGGGAUGUGAGAUGCAUGCUAACAGAGAUGCCUCUCACCCUGAACAUGUGUCCAUUCAACAGGCCUGCAUCCCUACUGAGGGAGAGGAGCGCGUGGAGGGCCUCAGGGGGCUGUGUGAGACCCUGUCCCCAGGGAGCGGGCCCCACACCGCUACAGCCCAGCUCAGAGAGUCUGGAGGCAGGCUGCACAGUGGGCCUCAACCACAGCAGCGACACGCGGGGAGCGGCACUCCGGCACCCCCUCAGGACAGUAGGGGGCGGGAGCUGGGAGGCCACACCCCGCUGAGGAAGCCUGGCCCUCAGGCUGCCGCACAGCAGCCAAGCCAAGACCGUCCACAACCACAAACCAGGGCUCUGCUUGGAACUCAGCAGAGGCUGGAGCUCCCACUGCAGGCUGGAAGCAGCCCAGCUCCGGAACACCCACGACAAGCCCAGAACAGGUCUCUGAAGGACAGCCAAUGGCGAGCCCUGGAGCGCUCCGGACAAACUCAAAACCGCCCAGUGAAAGUCCAAAGCCACCUUGUGCUGUCCCAGACCAGCAGCCCGGGAGGCCCAUCUCACCCUCAGGCGAUCGUCAGGGGAGACACCGUGCAGAGCCAGCAGGCCCCCGAGCGGACUGUCAUCCAGUUUGCCCCCCCCCCACAGGAAGAGGGGUCGUCGGAUCAGGAAGUCCGGGAAAGAUACCAGACGUCACGGUGGGCCUUCCAGUCCCAGCUGCAGAGGAACAGGCAGAGCCUGGAAGCAGCCUUUCUCCCAGAGACCGUCACCGUCCCUGUGUUACGAGGACUCAUCAGAGAGCUGCAGGCUCUCAAACAGGACACGGAGGUGCUGUGGUUUGAGUUUGAGCUCCAGCAUUCGCAGCACACCCAGUUUUUCCAGUCCUCCCGGAGCCUGCAGGAGGGGGGGGAAGCGGAGCGCGACAAGGCUCCGCUCACUCAGCAGUGGAGGGGUCAACAGAUCUGUCUGCAGACCAGAAUGGCCUCUCUGGACACCACGGUGGACCUCAUGGAAUCGGCCGACUCCGAGAUAACGCUGAUCUCAGAUGAGCUGGAUCGUAUCACCAGCAAGCCUGUGGACAUCUGUGGCUUCACAGUUACUGAUCCCACGACUGUGGCUGACAUUGAGGAGAUCGAUCAGAGGAUCCAGUCGGCGCUUCGUAGCGUUUCAGGCCAAAGUUCUGUGGAGGAAGGGGAGGGGCCCAAUCCCACCACCCCACCCCCCCUGUGCCAUGCCCUGCGCAACUGUGGCCACCGCCUCAACCAGCUCAGGCAGCGGCUGAAGAGGGUGCAGUUGGCCGUGGGGGCGCUUGAGCGCCUCCUCGCCCCACUACGCGAGGCCGAUUCUGGGAUCUCCUCGCUGCGAGCUCCCCCUGACUCCCAGGAGCAAGGUGAAGUCCAGGGGGCCCGCGCCAGGCUGACGUCGGUCCAACCGAGGGUGCUGAAAGCGGAGCACGAGGCCCGGGGUGUGGACAGCCUGCUGAAUGCGGCGGGGAUGACGCUGACCAAAGACGGCGUUGUGGUCACGUGCCAGGAGGCGGUGGCGUCGGUGUCACAGAGACUGGAGGAGGAGGCGGACGGCGACACGUCGGGAAGCGAGCAGGGACGGGGAACAGACGGAGGGUCAGUUGUCCAAAAAGGCGGAGGACACAAACCAAAAGAGGAGCACGCUAGCCAAAGAAGAAAGGCUCCGGAGCAGGGGGAUGAGCCGGAGGCACGGAGGAGGAGGGGGCAGGGAGAGGCGGGAGAGUCGAACGCCCCAAGGGGGAAGGAACCGGAAAAGAGGGCGGGGGAGGAGAAGAAGCCUCCGGUGCAGAGGAGAAUGGCCCUUGUGCGGAUGCUGAGGGAGGUACAGGCAGCCGUCGACCAGCAGGGGCUGAAGGAGCCCACCCUUCCUGCUGUCCAACACAGGAUGCGUGCGCUGACAGACCUGGAACGUCGCCUGGACACGCAGCACUCGGAGCUGCGGGGACUCCGGGCCGCGUAUGCUGACUCGACGCAGCCGGGAGCUGCCAUGGAGGAGCUGGAGAGCUUGUGGGGAGAGACGCAUCAAGCCGUCGCUGACAGACUGGACGAGUGCCGGUGCCUCACCGAGCUGCUGAAGAGCUUCCAGAGCGUCCGCAGUGUCGUGAGCGGCGCUUUGCAGCGUGCCGAGCGCACCAUCAGCCAGCAGGCCUCCUACCUGGGGAAGGACAACCUGCAGAGGCUCCUCACUAAGGUGGAUGCAGCUAAGGAGGAGCUGUGCGGACUUGGAGAUGGGGUGGAGGAGAUCCGGAGCGUCUGCAGACAGCUGCAGGCUCAGCUGCGGAAGGUCCCGGACUGUGCCGACGCCGCCUUCGAGAGUGAAGCAGACACACUCAUGGACCGCUGGCUGGACGUGACUGAGAGAACGGACUCCCACCACGACAGCCUGCGCGUGGGAUUGGCUCUCUGGGAGGGCCUGGUCCAGCUGGGAGGGGAAGUGGAGAGCUGGACCAAUAACAAGAUGGCGGCCUUUGCUCAGUCACAGCCCUUCCAGAGUGACGAGGAGGUCGCAGCCUUGCAGGAGGAGCUCCAGGUCCAGGAGGAGAACUUGGAGCGCUUCCACCGCCGGGCGUCUGAGAUCCAGGCUCUGCUGCAGAGCGAGGAGCCUCCUCUGGAACUCCAGGUCAUCGAAACCCAAACGAGGAAGAAGAUGGAGCAGGUGAAGGAGUUCUUCUCGGAGACCCUGGACAUUUACAGACAGCUGGUGGCCGCUAAGGGGCUGGUGUCUGCCAAGAUGGCCGAAUGUCAGUCUUCUGUCCAGACGAUCCAGGACUCCCUUGACAACCUCAGUGCCUCGGAUGCCUCCGAGUUGUAUGCACAGAUCCAGGAGCUGUCUGCCCAGCUGCAGACGCAGGCGCAUCAAGCAGACGGCUUCAUGGAGGAGCUGGGCCUCAUGGCCUCCGUCACCAGCCCAGAGAGCCUGCAGGACCUGGCUGCACGCUGCAUGCAGCUGCAGGAGAGCGUCGGCGCGGCGCGCCGCCUCGUAGCCGCCAAGUGCGAGCAGGCAGAGGAGGACAUGGAGAGGCUGGUGAGUCUGCAGAAGGAGUGUGAGCGUCUGGAAACAUGGUUAAAGGCAGCAGAGCUGAAAGCAGAGAGAGCCAAGGAUGUUACCAGCCUGCAAAAGGAAGUUCUUCAAAACAGCGAGCAAACAGAGGCCCUCGGCGAACUGAUUCAAUUCUUACGUGGGAGCACGCUCAAGGAGUCCUCCAUACUACAGCACAGUGGCAGGCUGCUGGAGCACUUCCACCGUCUCCAAACCAACGCACUGCUGUCUGAGGAGGACCAGCGACCUCUAGCUUCUGAGACCCGGGCCUUUCAGACCCUGGCUGAAAACACUGAGGCCUGGGUUACAGCUCUGCAACAACAAGCUGACUCUGUCGUCACAGAUGGUUCUGGGAGCCAAGACCAGGCAGAGCAGAGAGUACUUGCUAUCCAGGCUAUCCUGAAUGUGACGACUGAAGGAGAGUCUCGUAUGGAGGACCUCAGGCUUACAGGACACCAGCUGCUAGAAAGAUGUGGCGUUAAUGAGGACCAGAAACUGGAACUACUGCAGACCAUACGCAGCAUCGAGGAGCUGUGGAGGUCCACGCAGCAGCCAGCCGAACAACAUCACAGCCUCCUGCAGGCAGAGCCUGACCUCAGCUUCUACCUGGCCCAAAGGCAGCAAGCGCGCUGCCGAGUUAUGGAGCUCCAGCACCAAACCGACCAGCUCCCUCUGCUCUUCCCCUGGCCUGGAGCCGCCCUGCGCAGGCAGACGUCCCUGCGUGCCCAGGAGCUGCUGGAUCGGACCAAAGCAUUGGGGCCCGACUUCUCCACCCUGAAAGCCCAAAGGCAGAAGCUGGAGCAGCUGACCGAGGACCCCAUCUGGGAGGACUCUUCCUGGGCGGCCCUGGAGGACCGCCAGCCCCGGCUGCUCGGGGAGCUGAGAGGCCUGUGUGCCAUCCUCCAGGAGGGUGUGUGUAGAGAGGAGCGAUGUGGCCGGCUGCUCCGUGAUGGCCCUCGCACUCUGGGCUCCCUGCAGGAGAGGAGAUCCCAUUUCAAAGAGCAGCCUCGACACUCAUCUGAGCCGAAGGCUGAUCCAGCGACCCUGGAGGCUUUGCGUCUGGAACUGAGAAGCGCAGAGAAGGAUCUUGUGGAGCUGGUGUCCCUUCAGGGCUUCCUGGCGUCCAGCUGCACAGUUGAGGGCCAGGUCUCCUUGUCCCAGCAGGUCCAAGACCUCCACGACCGCACAGAGGCGCUCGGCAGGACCCUGGAGAGCGACAUCAUGGAGAUCUGGGCUCAGCUGGAGGAGAAGACGUCUCAGUGCGAGCGGCAGCAGGUGGACGACGAGACCUUCAGCCUGCAGGGGGCACUGCAGGGCUUGUCUGAGCGUUUGGCCCGUCAACCAGACAUUUCCGUGGGGGUCUUUGACGUCUCUCAGUUUGAACAGCGCUGGCACAGUCUACAGGACUGUGAACAAAGCUUGAUACAGCUUGAAGCAAGACUUCAUGACCUUCAGACAACAGGAAGGUCAAAUGUCCAAGACGAGAAACUUUCGUCAAAUAGGAUUUUGGUUGUGGAUGCACUAGCCAAAAACUUAGACAGUCUGAGGUCCAGUGUGCGUGACAAGCAGCAGCAGGCUGCAGCAGACACCGCCCGCCAUGUGAGGGAGACCACCUCCAGGCUGCAGCAGUGGAGCCAGACGGCCCAGUCCCAACCACCACACUCCACCCAGGUCACACUUGACGCAGGACGACAACUCCAUCAAGACCUGCAGGGGGCGCUCUCGCGGCGGGAAUUCCUGCAGAGCUGCCUCGGAAAGAAACGCACCAAGAAACUGGAGAAAAGUGCUUCAGAAACCCUUCGCCACAGCGAAGCUCUGCUUACAUCCCUCACAGAGGCAUCUGGAGGUGGUGACUCUGCAGAAAUCCCAUUAUGCGACCGUGGAGUUUGUCAACCAGGCCCUUUUAAGACAGAUACGGAUGAAGAAUCCACAAGCAAUAUGCCUGAUGUCAUCCAGACUGUUGAGACACAACCAGACAUGGCUGAACCCCGUAAAGUUGCCACGAUCAUUCUGGACACGUGUUUAGAUUAUGUGGACAGGGGUCUCGGUGAUGUUGUUGACACCGUAAGUCAUUUCACUUCCUUUUCUGAACAAAGUCCUGAGACUCCUGGGUUUGGGGGAACGGAGGAGAGGGAGGAUGGACGGUCAGAGGCCGCUACUCACCUUUACAGUGUGUGCGUGGAACCAGAUACACAAGAAGCGGAACAAGGGAAUUCGGACACGUACACAAAACCCAUAAGAGACCCUCAGUCCGAGACCAAACCACAACACCAGAAGGAGACGAAGAAAGUGUUCACCAUCGUUUUAAACAUAAACCAACCUCAGUCAGAGUUUCAGUGUAGUCACGGUCAACUGUCCUCAGGAGGAAGUGGCUCGCAUCAAUGGAGCUCCCAGGACUCCGAGUCGUUUGACGUACAGGGUCACUCCUCAGUCCAGGAAGCUGCAGAGGGUCAAACUGAGAAGCCCACUAGUUCAGCCAGCGGGGAGAGGAAAUGUACUGAAUCACAGGGCAUCGAAUGUGACGACCGACGGAAGAGUGCCGAGUCAGCGCUCCUGGAACCGCAAAUGACUGAAUUCAAGUACACAAAACGGAAGGGGCCGAGACCGACAGAAGAUCAACCAAAAGGCGGUCCAAUGAAAGAUCGAAGUUCCAUGUCAUUGUGGGGAUCUGCAUCCGCGGACAUAGAGACAACGCAACAGGAACAGGAAGGGGGCAGAGCUGAGGAGAGCUUGCCGGUUCGGGCUCAGCGGUCGUCAGCCCGUGCAGGAACAGCGGAAGCAGGUGGAGGAAUAGUGCAGCUGGAGUCCCCUCGCCACACGUCCGCCAUGCAGGGAAUCCUCUCUGAGAUCCGAGGGCUGGUGGAGAGAAGUGACAUCACCAAGGGAGGCCACCGAAUGGACCCAGCAUGGUACCUUGCCCCCUCGCCCAGAGAAGCAGAGACCAGGCUUGGCCGGACUGUCCUCAGCGCUCUAGGAUGCCGUUAUCAGCCGGCCCAGCUCAACCCUACUGCCAUGACCCAGCAACUGAAGGAGGCUGAGGGCUUCAGACGUUCCGUGCUGGAGCAGGUGGCUGCGAUGAGCCGUGCGAGCGCCGAGGCACGUGACCCGGAGGACGCGAGGAGCACCGAGGGCCAAUGCAGCGCCGCCCUUCUGGACGCCGCUGCCACAUUGCAGGUCAAAGAGGCUCAACUCGACUUGGUCACGCAGUACCACGAGCAGACGGGGGUCGUCGGAGGGCGCCUGAAAGGUCUGGCCUCUGAGCUGGCCGGGCUAACCUUGGAGGCUUUGGGAAGCAAUGCCCUUCAAGUUGAGAGACUCGGCUCCCUCCUGCUGACUCUGAGGCAACAGAAAGCAGCGCUGAGCGAGUUGCUGCAGCUGUGCGGCCAGGUGUCAGGUCACCUGACCGAGUCGGAGGGCUCGGGGGCUCUCCUCGCCCAUCUCGGAGAGCUUCAGGAGACGUGGAAGCUGGUGGAGGCCACCUGCACCAGGACACUGUGGCACGGCCUCGUUUCCACCUCUCAGGCGGAUGACCUACUACGAGAGGCCGAGGGGUUGCGUGCCGCGCUCCAAGCUGCUUCCCGGUCAUUCCAAACACGGCAAGACAGCCCCCGUGCUUUUGAAAGGAUCUUGAUGGUUGCCGACCUCGACGUUUUUAACCAACAGUACACUCAUCUCCUGUGCGUGUCUGGGGAGCUCGGUGAGUUUGGACUAGGACAGAAGGAGAGAGAGGCGAUGAGCGAGGUCUUUCAGGGCUUGAAGCAGUUGCUUGAUCUCACGCAGAGCGAGCUCAGAGCUCAGUCUCCUGAAAUUGUCAGCGACUCUCUGUCUAAAAUCAUUCAGCGGACACGGGACAGGGUCGUCUGGGCCAAACGCACCCAGAACCUUCUCACCUCGGGGAAAAGGCUGGCCGUCUUCCCCGAAGAGGCUCGUGCACAAAUCGCGGGGAUGAGGAAACUGCAAACGGAGAUCGCGUCCGUGCGGUCGAAGGUUGGAUCAGAAACGGGAGACGGGAUAGCGCUGGACUGGAACCUCGGAGAGGAGGAGAUGGAGGAAGGGUCGAACUCACGGAAGACCCUGGAGGAGCUUUGUGCAGGCGUGGCCAACGACUGCACUCACACGCUGAAGGAGAUGGAGAAAACCCUGCGGGGGAGGGAAAAGCUGUUCGCCCAGAUCACAAAAAUGGAUACGUGGCUCGUAGCCUCGCAUAUUGAAAAAGAAACGUCCACCGAUGUGUCUCCUGCUAGCAUCCCUGACCUGGAGCGAAAGGUCCGGUCCCACCAAUCUGCCCUAAAGGAUGUCGAAAGACAGAUGUCUUUCACUGACUCCCUUUUGGAAAAAACCAAGGAGAUGGCUCCAGGCAUGACCCCGGCCGAGAGCCGCUACCUGGUGAACAGGCUCGCCGGCCUUCGCCUGGAACUGGACGGGAUGCUGGUCCACGAGAGGACGACUGUCUGGGAACUGGAAGAGCUUCUGCACGCUCAGAUGUCUUCUGCCGAGGAGCUAGCCGCCGUCCGAACGAGCUUGAGCCAGAUAGCCGCUGAUCUGGGGAGGCAGAGCUUCCCAGUCACCAGAGCCAAUCUCUGGGCCACUGAGCCCUCGAGGCGCCUGCUCCUGGAGCAUCAGUGUCACAUACAGGAGCUCCAGCACUGCCAGAAAGGGCAGAAAGGCGCCCUCUUGUGCACCAUCGCAGAACUGCAGGAAAAGAUCAAAAAUCUCGAAGCCCACGCCCCGGAACAUGAGAAGUACCUGUGCCUUAGGAAGCAUGUGGAAGAUUCCAGAGAUAAGGUGAAGGGACAGAUCCAAAUGUCGAAAGACACAAGUGUCGAUGUGGGCGAGAGGUUCAGGCUGUGCCAAACUCUUCUGGUAGAACUUCCCCUGCUGAAGAAAGAAUGCCAAGAGGCAGCAGACCAGUUGGAGGCCAUAUCUCAGGACUUGUACCCAUCCCAGCUCACCUCAGAGAGGCACAAGAUCCGCCGGGCAGUGGAGAACCUUCUUUCUUGUGAACUCACCAUCACCAACGACAUCAAAAUGCUGGAGGGGAACCUUCUAGAAGGUCUCCUUUUCUGCUCCGAGUACAAGGCCAUGAUGGAACUUCUUCACCAAAGCUGUCAGGAGUUCAAAGAAGCUGGGCCGGUUGCUCCGGAUGAAAGCGUGAUCGAUUUAGAACUCCAGGGCUGCUGGGUCACUUGGAGGAACUUGGAGUCUGGGAUGAGGGUGUUGGAAGCACUGGGACAGAGAGAACGCGUGGACAUGAGGACGUUUGAUGAACUGUUCACCCUGAGGGAGGCCAUCAUGCAAGAGUGCCGCGCACGUAUGGAGAAUUUGUCUCAAGCCCGAGAAGCCCUGAAGGACUACCACUGGGCUGCGCAAGGAGCCGUGGCGUUCCUUCACAACGCCGAGACCACCUUCCUGUCCCCUUCCGGAGGAUUCUUGGACUGUACUGAGGAGCUAACGCACGCCCAGCAGGCCCUGGCCUCCUUCCAGGAGGGGAUCGAGGCCCACGUCUCCCAUCUCCUGGACGUGGUCCCCCAGCGAGCCUCCCACGUUCUCGCCUUCCCCCCGACGGAGUUGCUCCACGCCCGGGUCCUGAGUCAUGUGCUGGUGGGCAGGGCCACCUUGGAGGCCCAGGCUCAGCUCCGACUGGAGGCUCUGAAAAGGUGUGCCGACACACAGCAGCUGCAUGGGAAGUGUCACGGGGAGGUGUGGCAACUCCUGACCACCUCAGAGACCAGACUCUCCGAGUGUGCCGCCCUGGAUGUGACCUCACUCUCCAAGUGUGUCCAGCAACAGAACAAAGCCGAGGCCCUGGCGGAGGAGGUGCGAGGCCUGGCCGCGAGGCUGAAGGAGCUGAAAGCGGGCUGCCCGGCCCAGGGCUGCAGCGCGGGCACCGAGGGGGCCCUGGGCGCCCUGUGGAGGCGGUGGUGGCUGCUGCAGCACGGGGUCAGCCUCCUCCAGGCUCACGCUGAGCAGAAGAAAGAGGAGUGGAGAGACAUCGGCAUCAGCAUCGACCAAUGCAGCAAGACCUUGAGCAGGCUCCAGGCCAACUUGCCCGACGGUUCAACUGUGAGCUCCACCCCAGGGGAUCCACGUGACUUGUUAGCCCAGGCAGAGGAGCACCAGACUGGGCUGAAGGAGGCUCAGGGAGCAUUGGCUUCCCUGGAGCACAGCCUAGCGCUGCUGCUGGGUGUGUCCAUCCCACAGGAAGCAUCCAUCCUUGUUCCAGUCUGUCAGACGCUGGUCAAGAUGCAGGACAGCUGCAGGAGCCUGACAGAGAAGAGCCUGCUGGCCCGUAAGGCUGCCCAGUCCGAGGUACAGGAGAGACAGCGGUGGCAGGAGAAGAUCCGAGAUGUGGAGCAGCAGAUGGACACCCUGCUCAUCAUCCUGGACACCCUGCCCAGCGGCCGUCAACAGCAGGAGGGAAGACUGACCUUGGCUUCCCAGAAGGCUAAACUGCGGAGCAUCAUGGAAGGUGUCAGGGCGAGGUACACCGAGGUACCCAUGGAGAUCAGCAAUCAGAUCCAGGAAGUGACUUGCACUCUACAGGAAAUGGAGCAGAAGUUUACGCUCACCCUAGAGAGAAGCAAUUCCCUCCAAAGGCUGACCCAUAAGAUAGGAGAGGUGGGGGUUGGACUUGAGGGCAUUCAGACUUUACUGAGCCAGAGGAGUUCCACAUUCCCCGAGGCGGAAAAGACACUAAAGCGAGUGUGGGACGAGUUGGACGCUUGGCACAGCCGGCUGACCGCCUUGGAGGUGGAGGUGCAGGACCUGUCAGAAGAGCAGCCGGAACAAGCCCACGUCCUCAUGGACCAGCUCAUCCAGCCCCUGCAGCUCUACCAGGACACGGCCCAGCAGGCCGAGCAGCGCACCGCCUUCCUCAGCAGGGUCCCUGCCUGCUUCCAGGAGUACGAGGACAUGCUCCACAGCGCCACCUGUUGGCUGGCGGAGGCCCAGUCCUGGCUCGGCAGCACCUGUACCUACACCACAGCUAAGAACCUUCAGAGCCAUGCCAACACGCUGCAGAUGGUUCUGGACGAUUCCGAGAGGAUCAGGGCCACUCUGGACGGCUUCAGGCCCUCCCUGCGGGACAUCUCCGCCGUGUGCCACACGGACGCCCUGGAGGAGAGGCUGGCUCAGAAAGACCUCCAGGUCAACGCCAUGCAGCGCAGAGUCAUCCUGCCCCUGGACCAGCUCCUCCAUGUCUCAGCUGAGAUGGAGUCCAUCGAAGCAGAGCUGAAGGCCAUGGAGAAGAACGUGAGCAAGAUCCGAGCCAUCUUAUCGUCGGUGGACUCUCCUGAGGUCUCACUGGAGGAGCACCUCCGCAACCGACAGGUCAUCCUGGCCAACAUCCAGUCCAUGCGGAGGACGGUGGAGGUGAUGGAGAGCUGCAAAGCCCAGCUGGGGCUACCCCCCGGGGCGGAGGAGACCCUGGCUGCCUUCCCGAGGGCCAGGCAGCUCCUGCAGCCCCUCCAGGAGCUGGAGCUGUUGACACGGAGGCAGACCGCCCUGCUGGAGAGUCAAUCAGGAGAAGACAAGAGGGCCGAGGAGGUCCACGUUGAGGAUGGGUGUGUUACAACCGAGGCCUCUGUCUGGAUUGAGAACACCCAGGUGGAUGAGGCACAGCGAGGGGCCACAAGAUCACAGGAUGCUUUUGGCCUGUGUCCCUUUGAGGAAGAGGAGGAGGAAGAGGAGGAGGAAGGGAGUCUGGAGUUGUCAUCCUCUGACACACUUACCAGCAGUCUCCCUGAGGACCCAGAUGAGACCCUUGGGCAUGAUCAAGCAGAGACCACCACCACCCAGAAUCACCUGGACCUUCACAUGCAGAAACCUCAACCUCCUUCUGUCCCUAAGAAUUCGGAGUCAUCAGAAACCUAUUCCAAAGCCGUUCCAAAGAGAGAUUCAAGUGACGCACCAGAGUUCUGCCAAGUCACCGCAGGCCCAGCACAAUCAAACACCCUAUCGUCACGCACGCCAUCAGAGCUCGUGGGAAACAACACAACGUCUCGCGCCGACCUCACCGAAGCGGUAACCAAGGAGACCACAUCCAUCACAAGACCUGAGAAGACUGGAUCAGUGACCGUGGAGGCACAAUCAGUACCGGAGACCGGUUUAGUAACCAAGGCAACUGCUUCACGACCGAAAACGGGCCAAGCGGCGCGACCCACGUGUGACACGGUGACACACGCCGUCCAGACACGUGCUCCGGCCUGUAGGGAGGAGGCCCAGGUCGUCCCUGCACGUCCUGCCCCUCCAUUCAGCCCCCACCUCGCACACGUGGACGAGUCUCACGAGACACCAAGACAUGACCACCCACACCUGGGAUCCCCGAGUGAGCAGGGGGACGUGGAGAGCAUGACGGAGACGCACAGCAGCCUGGCAGACCAAGCUCACCACACCACUACCCUCACACAAAGCAGCCCCGAUGCCGUGUCCAGGUGUGCUGAGGAAGAGGAGGGGACGGGGAGAUGGGCUCGUCUCCACUCACAGCUCUCCGACAAACUCGGCAUCUUAAGAAAGAUUCAGGAAGAGAAUGAGGCGGUAGUCAGUUCAAAGGAUGCAUUGGCAGAGGAGAAGGACCCGGGGCUGAAGACAGAGGAGGGCAUUGACUUUGUUGCUCUUCAGGAACUGCAGAAGUGUGUCGCAACGCUUCAACAGCUGAGACACGGGGUCAGGGGGACAGCAGCAGGGGGUGGCUCAGGGGGCGAUUCUGAUCCCGUACAGGAUGGUGAGCUGUACUCGUCCCUGAGUGAGGUGGUCCUGUCCGUGGACGCUCUAACAGACCAGCUCCUCCGCCCUCCGGGGACGACCGCGGAGCAGGCCCAGCUGAGAGCGCUCCUGCUGGAGUGCGUCUCCACAGAGUUGGUUGUCCUGGGUGAAGAGCUCACCGCGGCGAGUUCACAUGUCAGUCCGGCCCUUUCUGACGAAGACCCGGGAGAACUCGAGAGUUUGAACGUACUGGAUGGAUGCCUGCAAACGGCCCAGUCUGUUCUAUUCUGCUCCCAGGACCGGCUACGCACACGUCUGGGCCGCCCACAUGAAAAUCAGGCAGGGCCCGAGGAACAGGAGGGCCCACUGUGUCUGUUUGAGGAGCUUACCCAUGUCCACGGACACCCUGCUACACACGUCCAGGAUGCCCCCAGGCUGGAGUGCAUGCUGAUCAGCCAGUGGAGGAAAUGGCCAGAGGACACCACAGACACACAGCGGGUUUCCCAUGCCCUGCUGCAGGGGCUGGCCAGUCUGGUGGAACUGGGCCAGGAGCGUGUGGCCCAUAGUCAGGACUGUCCGCCUGACAGCCGAAGCCAGCUGCAGAGCCUGGUCUGCAGACACAAGAAGUUCUUCUACAUCCUGGGGUCGCGGCUGGCGUUUGGCCAGAGGCUAUUCCAGGACGGGUCACAGGGGGCGCUGCGAGACCUAGAAGAGGAAUGGCUCGAGCUGGAACGCAGAGCCCAAUCUCUUCAGCAACAGGCGCUGGAGCAGAGAGUCACCCUGCAGAAGAGACUCCAGGACUGGAGCCAGUGGGAAGUGGGUUGUGAGCGUGUAGGGAGACUGCUUGAGGAGUUAGAAGCUCUCAUCCCUGGUGAAAACCCUGAAGAGGAGGAGAUGGAGAAUCAGCUACAGGAUAGGCUAGAAGCCUGCCAGCGAGUGCUCGACCUUCUCCUGGAGAGCAGGCCCACCUUGGGCUGGAUCCUGGACGUGGGAAAGGUCCUGCAGGCGGGGGGCUGCAGUACCCGGCUCGGCAGGAUAGGGGGAGCUCUGGAGCUGCGCUGGCGGGGCGUCCGCAGCAGGGCCCAGCUGGAGAGCAAACGCAGCCGGGACCUCCAGGAGAACUGGGCCAGGUUCCAGAAAGACUCUGUGGCGUUCACAGAGUGGACCCAGGGUGCCCACCAACGCCUGGAAUCCUUGCGGUCGGGUCUGGCAGAAGCAGCACCUGCAGAAAAAGAACUUAACCCUGGCCAGCUCAUCCAUCUUUUGGAUUUCUCCAUGGAGCUGGAGGCCAGGUCAGCCCAGAGGGCCUCAGCUCUCCGGGCCGGGGCCUCUGUGCUCCAGCUGAAGGAGGCAGACUCCCCGAUCCUGCGGAGGAGUCUGGCCCAGCUGGAGCAGAGCUGGACCGGGGUCUCCUCCACGCUGCCUGCUGCCCAGGAGAAGCUCCAUCAGCUCCUAUUGGACCGUUGGCCACCAAAGGAGGUGCUGGUGGACCUGGAGACCUGGGCGAGCCAGGUAGAGGUGCGUCUGGAGGAGGAGAGAGAGGGAGCCCUCAAAGCCUGCCAUGGAGACCAGUUCACCCAGAUACUCCAGCGCUACCAGGAGCUGAAGGCAGGAUUGGCCAGUGGGCAGCUCACCCUGGACUUCCUGUGCCAGUCUGGGCCCCAGGCGGCGCUAACGGCCGCCGAACGCUCCGAGCGCACCCUCUUCGCCGAGCGUCUGGGUGACGUCAACCUGCGCUGGCUCCUUCUUCAGCGGGAGAUGGAAAUCCAGAUGCGCGAGGCAGAGCGCCUGCUGCACGCCUGCGUCGACAGGGAGACCAAGCUGCGACGCAUACGCAGCUGGGUGGAGCUCCACUUACAGAGGCUGGGGGAGUGGCUACGACCUGUCAGUCAAAUCCAGGCUGGCAAGGCCCUGGCUGAGUUGGAGCCCAUCGAGGAGAGGGUGAAGGAGCUGUUUGUGGCGCUCAAGGACCUCAGAGCAGUGCGGGUGUCUGACGACCUGGAGCAUCCGAGUGACCAAGCCUUCAGUCAGCAAGCUGGUAUAGCUGAUCAAGCCUCUAGUACCCUCAGCCAACAGGUUCAGUCCCUGAAGCCAGCUCUGCAGCAUGUCUUAGAAGAGUGGGGACGAUUUGAGCAGAAACUGAGUGAAGUUUCCUUCCUCGCCACUAGAGUGCGCUGUACUUUGGAGCACUCUCGCGCACCACUUCUCUCCUCCAACCAAGUGAAGGUGAACGGAGAACUUUUGCAGAUGAUCCAGGAGGAUGCUGGGAAGGGGGUCAAGGUUCUGGCUGCUGUGGACCAAUCAUAUUCCAGUCUGAGAAUUCUGGUCAGCCCUGACACGGCUCAGCUCCUCUCUGAGAAGGUGGAGGGAGAGCGAACACGGUGGAAGGCGGUAGUGCAGGAGGUCGAGAAGGAGCUGCAGAGGACCAGGGAGUUACACCACCACUGGCAGGAGUACAGCCGCCUGUCUGACCCCUGCGUCACCAGCCUGCGACAGCACCAAGAGCAGUGGGGGGAGCUCGUGAACUCCCCACCCAAACCCCAGGAAGCCCAGGAUCGCUGUCGAGAGGAACAGAUUGUAUCCAUCAAGAACCUGCAAGGAGAUAUAGAGACUCUGCAACCCAACAUUGGCGAGGUUCUCGAGGCCUCAAAAAUGCUCAUUGGGCAGCUGGACCCACUGGCAGCCUCACUCAUCCAAUCAGAGACCAGGCUGCUUUCACGUGACCUCCUGCUUUUGAGUCAGAUGUUGCUGGGGAAACAGAGACGACUUCAGGAGGACCUAGACCAACAAAGGAUGCUUGGAAACAAUCUAGAAGCACUUGAGAAGGGAACUGAGGGCUCCAUGCAAAGGCUGACAACUGACGUGUGUGAUAUCGACUCUGUGAAGAUGGCCCUGUGUGAACUGAGUAACCUGCUCCCUAAACUGGCUGACAUCUCGGCUAUUGGCUGCCGUGCGUCCGCAAACGAGCGAGAAGCUGAGCGCGUGCAGUCCCUCGCCAGCCGGUGGAAGCACGCCCUCCUGCUGGCGUCAGCUAAACGCAGGGAGAUUGAGGAUGGGGUCAAAGGGUCUGAGAGGGUUCAGCAGAAGUUGCACGCCUGUGAAAGCUUCCUGGACGAGUUGGAGGAGGCGUUGGCAGGAGACACUGCCAAGAACUACUCUGGCCUUCUAGACAUGCUGGCUGUCCAUCAGCGGCGUCAGGUUGAAAUAGCUCACCAGCACCACAUCUUCAGAGGUGUUGUCUACAACACCGCAAGCUCCCUGGAUAACGAUUUGCCAGAGGAAAGGUCGAAGCUGAUCCGAGGGCUGUACCAGCUGAGAGAGAGAUGGAAGGGCAUCGCGGGGCCAUUCGGGCGGCGCGGGGCGCAGGUGCAAGGGCUGAUGGGCCAGUGGAGGCUCUACAGGCGAGGCGUGAGAGUGCUGUGGAGGCUGAUGAGGGACGUCGACCCCCGCCUGCCCCCUGCCGGCCUGCCCAUGUGCAGUCUCCGUCAGCUGAGACGCUCGCUGAACCAUUUCGAGCACAUUGAGGAGACCCUUCACCUCCACGCGAGCGUCCGGGAAGACACCUUUGAGGCGGGCAGGCGGCUGAGUGAGUCCAUGACGGAGCCCCGUACGCAGGGCCAGCUCCAGAAGCAGCUGCAGGCGCUGCAGGAGGCCUGGCUGCACACCCUGGGCCAGCUGGGCAAGAGGAGGGCGCUGGUCCACACGGUCCUACAGAACUGGGAGCGGUGUCAGGCCAGACUAGCAGACAGCGCCCGCACGCUGAGGGAGCUGAAGGCCAGACUGGAGCAGCCGCUCCCAGAGAGACUGGAGGAGUUAGAGAGUCAAGACAAGAUCAUUCAGGAGACGGAGGCCUCUCUGGAGGUUUGGACGACCGGGAUGAGAGACAUAGCCACCAUGAAGACAGACCUGUCCCAGCACGUGGUGGCCGGGGACGCCUCCCUCCUGCAGGAGCAGGUGGAGGCUCUUCACAACCAGUGGGAGGAACUAUGUGUCAAGGUGUCCCUGCGCAGGCAGGAGAUCGCCAACCGCCUCAGCGCCUGGAUCAUCUUCAACGACAAGAACAAGGAGCUCAGCGACUGGCUGGCCCAGAUGGAGAACAAGGUGUCCCACAGCGGGGACCUCGGCAUCGAGGACAUGGUGGAGAAGCUCAAGAAGGACUGCAUGGAGGAGAUCGACCUGUUCAGCCAGAACAAGAGCCACCUGAAGCGUCUGGGGGAGCAGCUGAUGGCGGCCGGCGACCAGGCCAGGCAGGCCCAGGUCCAGGGCUCGCUGCGGGACGCUGGCGAGCGCUGGCAGGCCCUCUUCCAACACAUCGAGGCCAGGGUAAGGAAGCUGAAGGAGACGCUGGUGACCGUGCAGCAGCUGGAUAGGAACAUGAGUAACCUGCGCUCCUGGCUGGCCCGCGUGGAGAACGACCUCUCCACACCCGUCACCUACUGCGUGGUUCACCAGGACGAGAUCCAGAGGAGGCUGGCUGAGCAGCAGGAGCUGCAGAGGGACAUCGAGCAGCACACGGAGGGCGUGGCCUCCGUGCUGACGCUGUGCGACGUGCUGCUCCGCGACGAGGAUGUCUGCGGCGGCAGCGACGUGGAGAGCGACUCGGUCCAGGGGACCACGCGCAGCCUGGACCAGCGCUGGAGGAGCAUCUGUGCCCUGUCGCUGGAGAGGCGCCUGAGGAUCGAGGAGACGUGGAGGCUGUGGUGUAAGUUCCUGGACGACUACUCGCGCUUCGACGACUGGCUGAAGACGGCGGAGCGGACCGCAGCCAGCCCCAAGUCCUCCGGGGUCCUCUACACCGUCGCCAAGGAGGAGCUCAAGAAGUUUGAGGGUUUCCAGAGGCAGGUCCAUGAGCGCCUGACCCAGCUGGAGCUGGUCAACAACCAGUACCGCCGUCUGGCCCGAGAGAACCGCACUGACCGGGCCAGCAAGCUCAAAGUCAUGGUCCAUGAAGGCAACCAUCGCUGGGACAUGCUGGCUAGGAGAGUGGCGGCCAUCUUGCGCAGACUAAAGCAUUUCACGGGCCAGAGGGAGGAGUUUGAGGGCACCAGGGAGAGCAUGCUGGUGUGGCUGACGGAGCUGGACCUGCAGCUCACCAACGUGGAGCACUUCUCCGAGAGCGACGUGCACCACAAGAUGCGGCAGCUCAACAGCUUCCAGAAGGACAUCACCCUGAACACGGAGCGCAUCGACGGCCUGAUCGUGUCCGGGGAGGGCCUGAUCCAGAGGAGCGCCCCGCUGGACGCGGCCCUCAUCGAGGACGAGCUGGAGGAGCUGCACUCCUACUGCCAGGAGGUGUUCAGCCGGGUGGUCCGCUUCCACCAGCGCCUCACACAGCCCCCCACUCUCAUUGAGGAGCCUGAACUGUUUGACUCCUCCCUGGAGGGGAGCUGUGAGCUGGUUGGCCGACCCUGGCUGGGGCGGGGUCUGGGAAGCACACCGGCCACGCCCACUCACCUCUUAGCCCCUCCCCUGGAGCGCUCGGGCCGAGAGACCCCGGCGAGUGUGGACUCUCUCCCUCUGGAGUGGGACCACACGGGGGAUGUGGGAGGGUCUUCGUCGCAUGAGGAUGACGAGGACGACCGCGAGGGGGAGGGGACGUAUUUCAGUGCCCUGUCAGAUGUGGAGGUGACAGAGAGUUCUGAGGUGUUUGUCCAAGCCACGGGGCAGGCACUAGGACCCCCCGACUCUGGUCCAGGCAGGUCCACGACCAACCCAGAGUCCGCAGCUUGGUCUUCUGCUGGAGACCAAGAGAGGAAAUCUCUCUAUCUGGACGCAGAAGACAUCCUGGACUCCUCACCAGGCCUCACCAGUACCCCCUUCAAGCAGGGCUACUCUCGUCUCAUGUCUGAGUGCAGCGGCAGCCUGAACAGUGUGAAACGGGUCUCUCUCAUCCUGGACGACGAGGAACAGCCGGACGAGCAGGGCCUCACAAGCCUGACGGUGGCAGACAAACAGUCAGGCGUGAUCGAGCGCUGGGAGCUUCUCCAGGCUCAAGCCAGGAGCGAACGGCAGCAAGGCCCUCGGGAUCCGCCGCAGCUGACCUCUGACCUGUGUGACAUCACUUCCUGGUUGGGACGGGUCAACCCUGAACUGGAUCGACUCAAGCGGUCAGACACGUCGGCGGGUAUCCAAGACUUGGAAGCGAGGGUCAAACAGCUCAAGGAUAUGCAGAAGGACUUCACCCGCUACAAGGCUGUCAUGCUCUCGCUAAACUUGGGGACGCGAGCACAGGGGGGGCCACUGGGGGGGCCACAGGGGGGGCCACUGGAGGGGCGGGAUGCCCAGAUGCUGCAGGAAAGCCUGGGCACCAUGAACCAGGGCUGGACCCGGGCCUGCGGCGGCCUGGGGGAGUGGGAGAGCAGCCUGCGCCACACGCUCAUGCGCUCUCAGGAGUUCCACGAGACCCUGCACUCUCUGCUCCUGUGGCUGGCCCACGCAGAGAGCCGGCGCUACGCCGUGGACAUCCAGUACCCCGACACCCAGCCCAGAGCCCUCCUCGAUCACCACAACACACUCACCGGUCUGCAGGAGGAGCUGCGUGAUCGCCAGGCCCAGGUGACCUCCCUGCAGGGCCUGUGGGCGGAGCUCCAGCCCGAGGAGGGGGGCAAGGAGAGCGACGAGGCCCGGGAGAAGCUCCACGUGACGGCCAACAAGCUGCGCCUGCUGCUGAGGCAGGUGGGCCAGGACCUGGCCACGCUGCAGCAGCGCAUGGAGUCCGAGGGGGUGUGCCUCCCCCGUGCUGAGGGGGGGGUCGGUGCCCAGGGCGGAGGCAGCCGAGGCUCUGCAGAGGGCUCUCCACAAGACGGGCAGAGCAGGAGAAGCUCCACAGACCCCAGAAGGUUGGAGAAGAGGGAUCCGUCGCCGCCGCGCUCCUUCUUCUACCGGGUCCUGCGCGCCGCCUUCCCCCUCCACGUGCUGCUGCUGCUGCUGUUGGUCCUGGCCUGCCUGGUGCCUUUCACCGAGAACGACCAAAGCUGCACCCUGGCCAACAACUUUGCCCGCUCCUUCUACCCCAUGUUGCGCUACACCAACGGGCCGCCACCCACCUAACUCCUCACGCCGAUAGAGCCACAGAUAGAGACGUUCACACACACACACCCACACACAUGCAUACACACACGUUGCUAGUCACACACAGUUGCCCUGCUUCCAAAGCAAACCCAUCCGGAUACAGAAACUGUCCUCGGCAAAGCAAGAGGGACUGCUACCGUCCAAAAGAAAUCAAUCGUUUUUAAUGUCUAUAUUUCGAGAUGACAUUUUGAUACUUGUAUUUAUUCCCUUGAAAAAGCCAUACCUCUCUAAAAUGUGCUGUUAAAGGUACUGUUGAAUUUGUACUUUGUGUUUGUGCUGCCCCAGGCUGGUUUCGAAUUAGUCCCGAACAUCGGAACAGGAAUUAAUCAAACGUACGAGUUUUUUUUUUGCCUAAUGAUUCCCAAGUGUUAGGGAUGCCUCUGGCAAUUUUAAUCAUACCAUUCAUUCAUUUGCUUUACAAUGUGUUUUAUCCACUUCAUUGUAUUGAAACCAGUCCAAAAUGCCUUGAUACAAUCAGUGUUUACGAGUUAAUACACGUUUCAUGUCCAAAUUGAAUGAAAUGUUUCUUCCUCCUGGACAAGCAGUUGGGUCAGUCGACCCAUAACAUCCCAUAACAUGGUAGGCCAGAUAGCAUGUCCCACACGCCGCUUCAGAGACAGAAACAACAUUUCAGUCUGGCAUAUCCAGACAUAAUAACGUCCGGGUGGAUUUCGUCCAUUUUGUCCAUAACAGGUGAAUGGAAACCCCCCGAAAUGUAAAAGUGAAUCACUCGUACGACUCGCGUGCUAAUCUAACCAGGAGCGUUUCCAUAUAUCAUGAGUAGACCUACAUGUGAAGUCUCAACGAGAGAAAGUGAACCCUCCUGAUGGUCUGUUCUCUGAGUUCAACAUGACAGGAAUGUUUUACCCUGUUAUAUUUUAAUGCUGUCACUUGCUCUACUCGUACUCCUCUCUCUCUUUUUAUGGAAGAGAAGGAGGAAAUAUCCCUCGUGUGGUGGUCAUAUUAUUGUUACUCACCCAAUGGUCCCUCAACUGAAAUGGGUUCAAAAACAAUACACCCAUAACACACGUUUUUACAUUGUAUCGAAAUAAUGUGUUGAAAUCAUAAAUGACAUUAACAUUGUCCAGAUGACCCAAGGGCCAAAAUGUCUCAGGUUGAAAAAGUUAUUAAUUGUAUUUUUCUUUAACAUACAAAAAUACCCAAACACCACACAGCUGUUAAACACUGGAUAACUAUGUUGUAGCCAUCAUGCACUGGUAUGAAUAUUAAUCAAUACGUCCAGUCUAAUACAAUCGCAAUUUUUUUCGUACACAUUUCAAAUAUUUUCAAAACAAUGUGUUAUCAUGUUUCAAAUCUUUUCAAAACAAUGUGUUGUUAUUAAAAUGGAGAAAAUACAUAUCCACAGAUCCUAGUGCAUAGGACACUUAAACUUUUGAACAGAAUAUAUAUUACAAGGCCUAAAUAAAACAAUGUCCAUACCUUGAUUGGUUGUAAACAUUUCGUUUUUAUUGAACCAAGACAUGGGUGCUUUCUGAGACUUCAAUAUCACAAUUAUCGAAAAUAAAAUAGCUUAUGUGUCAUUCUUAUGCCAAUCAAAUCAAAACCUUUUUCAGUAUUUCAAACGUUUUUCUUUUAUAUUCUCAAGUGCAGCAGUUGGAGUAGAUUGGGCAUAAUGGCGCCACUGCCGGCACCACAACCACUACCUGUCAAUCACAAACGCCUUCCGUGGGAUUUUAGAUUGGGCUGGAAUCCCACCUCGUCUGAAGAGUAGAAAUACUGCAGGAGUUCGAAAUAUAAAAGGGUACACAAAUGGCAUCCAUGAUGGCGGUUUUUCUCAUACGUCAUAUUAACCUUAAGCAGAUGCAAUAGUCAUACAUCCUUUUGAAUGUUCUUAAUUGAAAUCCCUUACUUUGUUAUUUUUUCCUCACAAGUGCUUGAAGAAACCUUAAUAAAUCACUGGCACAGGAAA